ACAAAAAAAUUGAAAAAUAAACACAAUAAGCACUAGGUCAUCAUUAUCGUACCUAAUACAUUUAAAUCGAGGCAAACCAGUUCAAAACGAAAGCAAUUCCGUCUUUGCUACGGUGAACGCCAAAGUAGCUGAAUUUACACUGUUUUACGCCGAAGGGAAUGGUAUAUUUCUUGGGGGAUUGGGGCAUGGGAGAUUCUGACUGUGCGUCAUAUCAUCAACAUGUUCCAACAAUACAACAUACCGCUUUGCAUGCCCACAACAACAGCCACAGCCAUCACCAGCACCAACAGCAACAGCAGCAGCAACACGCCCAACAAAAUGAGCAGCAGCAGCAUCGUGAAUUACAUCUGCAAUUGCAGCAACAACAACAACAGCAACAACAAAGUCGCCAACAUAUUGGAGAAAUUGCACCUACAUUAGGUCAAUUAUCGCCCCUACAAUUUGGCAGCGGUACUGUGGACACCACAACACUACUCGGCAACACACUCACAGCCGUACCACAACCGCAACAUUUAUUAAAUAACUCACCGCAACAUGUUGCCAACAGCACAUUGGUCACAGCUAAUUUGCAACAGCUGUCUGUGAGUAGCAGUAGUCACAGUGGCAGUCACUGCUCAACGCCCAUUAAAUCGGCCGUGAUCGAUGCGUUCGAUAAGUCUUCUUAUCAACCACUGCAACAACAACAGCAACAGCAGCAGCAGCCGCAGCCGCCUAUCCAACAGUUACAACAGCAACAAUCGCUGCCAGCACAAGCGCAUCCGCUUGCCUCAGCGACAGCUGCUUUGCAUCAGUAUUUGGGUCGUCAACGUUCCGAUUCGUGUGCGGGCAAUGUUGGUGGCUGCACGAAUGCACCUGUGGCGCCGACUGCGCCAGCGGAGCAUGGUGGUAACAACAACGGCAGCAGCAGAGGAUCCGCGGCCAAUAACUUCCUGCAUCCUCAGCUGAGUAAGGAUCUCUUGGAAAGUGAGGAUGAAGUCGCACUGCAACCGCUCUCCAAUCAGGUCGGCGGACACACUCGCCUUUUGUUGCUGAAUCAAUCCACUGUCAUAAAGCCAUUGAAUUUGCGUGAAUUGGACUUUUAUCAAAACAUUCCGCACGAUGUACAGAAGUUUGUGCCCAAAUACAAAGGCGUGAUGCAAGCGACCACAAUGGGCGGCGCCAAAUUGGAAAAACGUUACUCGCCCAGUUUUCGCGAGGAGCCCGUGCGCAAGAUGAGCGCCACAAAGCGAAAGCGGGAUGAUGUGUUAAGGAUGAAAGUUCAUAAGAAUGGAAAUGCUGCCGAUGUUAUAAAAAGUAUUUCGCAAUUAGACAACACAAAUAAGCAAUAUUUCCUCAUGCUAGAGAACAUCACAUCGCAAUUCCGUAAUCCAUGCAUACUGGAUUUGAAAAUGGGCACACGGCAGCAUGGUGAUGAUGCUUCGGCAGAGAAACGCUCCAAGCAGAUGGCCAAGUGUGCGGCGAGCACAUCGGCAUCGCUGGGCGUACGCCUUUGCGGCAUGCAAAACUAUCAGGCCCAUAUCGAUCAAUAUGCCAAGCGCGACAAGUACUGGGGACGUGAAUUGGACGAGACUGGCUUCAAGCAGGCUUUGCAUGACUUUUUCUACAAUGGCUAUCGCUUGCGCACGCGCGUUAUCAAGAAGAUUGUCCAGAGGUUGCUGCAGCUGCGGCGCGUUAUCGAAAAGCAGUCCAGCUAUCGGUUCUACUCGUGUUCAUUACUUAUCGUCUACGAGGGUUAUGAGGAGAAUCCGUCGACCCAUCCCAUGGAUAUCGAGGAGUGGCUUACACCCACCACCCCCAAGUCGGCCACGAAAUCCGCUACUUUCGACUACCAUCCCGAUAACAGCAUCGACGAUGAUGACAUCGACGACGACGACGAUGUAGUGGAUGCAGAUGAUGAUACUGCUGGUCAUGAUGGCGGUGAUGAGCUGGAACUGCAUGAAACCGAUGAUGAUCUGCACAUGGUGGCGGCCGAUAGCGGCAAUGCUUCCGCUACCAACAGCAGCACUGGCGGUGAUCCCUGUUGUUACGAUGCCGAUGCCUCAAACGACUCCACAAAUAUGUCGGGCCUGAAUCGCCCCACGUUGCGUCGAAAGCGCGGCUUAACGGAAACAUCUCUGGAAAGAUCGUGUGGUUUCGCAGAAGCGGUCACACCUGUGCGGGGCUUCCAUGAAGACUCGGCUGCAUCAGCAGUUGUGGCACACACGGAAAUCGAUGCUAUAUCCAUGCCGCCACCAUCCUCUGCGCUGAGUGCAUAUAGCAGUAAUGUGUCUGCCGUCAGUAGCAGCAACACCAAUCCGCCAUUCAUUCCAAUUUCCGAAGAGACAAUAUUCCUCGAUCCCGAGCCGCCACUGCCAAGCGUCUCGACAUCAUCGCCGCACUCCGGCGACUCCUGGAUGAAUUAUAGUAGCAACAGCAGCGACGAUUUCUCCGGUUUGUCCGAGCAAAUCAAAGCGGUCACAAGUGGACGGCAGACGGGCGAUAAUAGCUCAGACGAGGCCAGUUCCGACUAUGACAGCAGCAUAAUUGGUCAAACGGAAGUCAUGCUGAAGCGUUACAAAUCGCAGCAAGACUCCUUCGAUAUAUCGCCAUUGGCGCAAGCGACCGAUACGCCGCUAUUAGCAGCAGCACCACGGCUCCCGCAAACACUCGCAACAUCUGCCUGUUCAACACCACCGUUGCCACCGAGCAGUGUCGGCAAGCUGCCCGCCUCCGUUGCCAACUCUUCGCCCACCUCGUCCACAGCGUCAUCGCUGAAGUCGGUGCGUGGUGCAGUUAAGCGUCUGCGUUGUAAAGAUGCCGACGAUGAGGAUGAGAUCGAUGUCAGUGACAAUAAAAAGGACGCGAUUUCGACCUUUUCGCAAGCAAAAAAAUCAACAACUGCACUAAGCUUAAGCAGCGUGGUGACCAGCGCGGGCGGCAGCAGCAGUGCAGUUCCGGUGUCCUCAACACCGACCUCAGUUAACGCGUCGCCAGUGAAGACACCGCUCAUGACACCCACCUCAACAACAUGCGGCACUGAGAGUACAGCGGAUAAGAUCAAGAAUACGCUGCUCGCGGGCAUGCAAGACAUACACAACACGUACAACAAUAAUAAUGGCAAUAAGAAUAAUCACUGCAAUAGCAUCAGCAAAAAGAAGGCUAACGCGGCGCGCUUGACACUGCAACAUGCCUCAAAAUCCUUAGAUAUCGUCGGCUGUCAAGCGGCCGCCACAAGCGAAGAUGCGCGCUGUCUAGUAGACGUGCGUCUAAUUGACUUUGCACACACGGCAUUUGUGCCGCGCAAUGGCAGCGGGCUGCUGCAACAGGCGGCGUCCAGCACCCCAGUGCACCACGGCCCAGAUGGCGGCUUUCUAACAGGACUGGAUAGCCUCAACCGCUUACUCAAUGACAUUCUAACCGAAGAGGUCAGCGUUUAAGCGUGCAUUUGCAGAAGCACUGCGUUGUGCGUGCAAAGGAGCGCCCAAAAGGGGCACGCUCAAUGAGCUCAAAGUGCAAGGAAAGCGCUGGAAGCUUAAAUGCAUUGCGCUCACGAAGACCUUGAGCGGACUGGGAGAUGUCGAAAAUCAAAACUACCACCAACAACUACAAAUAUGUGCAUACGGAUGUAAGCUAAUGAGCGCCGCCACCAGUCUAGAUUACAACUACAACUACCCCCAAACCCAAUGCAAAUGACUGAGUAUGCGGAGUGAAUGAGAAAUGUGGGAAAACUUUGAAGCGAAUGUGACUGCCUGAACGUUUAAGCAACUAAAUUUAAGUCUAAAAUAAAAAUUAGUAAUUGCAAUUAAUUUAAAAAAUGAGAAAAGUGGCAUCGUGCAACCGAGAGAGAGAGAGAGAGAGAGAGAGAGAGUAAGGGAGAAGGGGAGAGAAAACUAAAGCUAAAGCUAACGAGACGCAUAGCGUUUGGAGCAAAAUAGUAAGCAAAAAAGCAGUGUGUCUUUCCUAUUAUGAAUUUUAAGCUAAAAUAUAUUUUAAAAUACAAAUGACGCAGGGGUAGAAGUGUGAAGGCGCAAAUUGUGCGUAAGCAGAAAAUUGAAGAAAGCUUAAGUAAAAGGAUGAAUGAAAAAAUACAAUCGAGCAGAAUCUGGGUAUAUUAGCUGCUUUCGGGGAGCGCGUAAAAAUUUUACGAAAUUAUAAAUAAAAAAAAAUCGUUAACUUGAAAAAUUCUAAAUGCAUAAUUUGGAACUGUUUUAAGCAAAUAUUAAAGAGAACUACAUAUAUUACAAAAAUAAAAGAGAAACUUUAACAGCAAAAUGUUUACCAUAUGCACAAAACGGCAUCCAAAUUAAAAAUAUAACACAACUCAUAAAAUAUAAAUAUUUAUAAUGGAUGACCGAAAAAUCUUAUUUAUGAAUCAAUGACUAUAACAGCAAAAUCCAUUUUUUGUUUUUUAAUUAACAUCCGUUCAUAAUAACAUAACCUACAGCGCGCCUGUUAAUAAACAUUACAGAGCGCAAAUCGCGAGUAAAUGUUAAAAGCAAAAAUGCUUCUUGUGUUUGGUGCUAAAUUGCAGGAGCUGAUGCAAAACGAACUGGGUUUGUCGCAUGCAAAUACGAUUGACAAAAACAAAGAUCGAACUUUUAGUUACAAAAACAAAGCAUAAAAGUUAAGUAGCUUUUAGUUACAAAAACAAAGCAUAAAAAUUAAGUAACUUUUAGUUACAAAAACAAAGCAUUAAAAGUUCAUUGAACAUAAUUUUUACUUAGCGAUUAUUUCGCUAAAAGAAACUUGCAGUGAACUGUUAAAAUGUACUAUCUUUCAUAAGGAAACUAUGCUUUGACCAUGUAAAAACAACAACAAUUGCUAAGCUUAGUUUAAAGCCAAGCAAACAUAUUCGUUAUGUUCAUUGCACAACUGCAGAAAUGUCUUCCUCAUACAAACGGAAAAUGACGUUAAACAGUGGCGAAAAGAGAAGAGAGUCAACUAUUCUCGUUUUUUUUUUCGCUUUAACAGAUUUCGCCAAAUUCUUUUUCGAAAGAUUGUGCUAAAUCAGAAGUUAAGUAGCAUAACAAAAAACAAAAACAAAGAAAGAGGUUCAGCUAAGAGAUUGUAGGCUUGUUCGAGAUGCAAUCACAGCCGCUGUGUUGAAGUAUCACGUUCGCAAGAAUUUCACUUGCAACUUCGUUCAAACUAAAUAAAAAAAAAAUAAAUAAAAAUAAAUUUUUUUCACUAUUGCGCGGAAAGUCUUUCCAAUCGGCAUCAUAGAAAAUGCGUUUGCACAAUUGAUUUAUUCUCUUUUUGUCAUUUUCAAUAGUAAAUUACCGUCAGUAUCCGAAUUAUCAAGGAAAAUAUUUAUAGAAAGCUCCAUUAUUUUUGUUUAUUUAUCCACUCUCGCGCAUCUAUGCAAAACAUGUGCCGAACAUCAGAAAAGUAUCAGCUUAGCAUUUGCAACAAGGCUGCAAACGCCUAUAAGUACUGCAAUACUGCCGCUUUUAUUCCGUGCCUCGAACAAGCUCUGUAACUGGCAAUCGCGUUGAUAUUUAAAGCAUGUUGGGAAGCAAGUGUAAAAGAGAGAGAACUAAAAACAAUCGGUUUUUACUAUUAUACUAUGCGUCGCCCAGCAGCUCUGACAGCUGCGAAUAUUUAGCUUCAGCAAAGAAACUCUCAUUUCAAAAAGUUAAAUUUAUCAUCAAACAACAAUGCAACGCAUAUGUUAUGCAACAACAAUUGGCUAAGCUUUUAAUAACAACAAUAACAAGUUGUAAGAGCGUAAAAUACUACCCAAAAGAGCUGGCCAUAAAAAAGCACCGUUUUUUCAGAUGAGCUUGCAGAGAGCAUUGUCUGAAGAACGUAAAUUUCAUUCGCUGAGAAUAAAAACAAAACAAAUGCAAUGAUUGGGGAAGCCUCAAAAUAUUACAUAGCGGUGUACUGUGAAGUAGCGAAUGAGAUAUUUCUCCUGUAUGUCCGGAAAAUAAUCAAAAGCAAAAUUAACAUCCAAAUACAUAUACAUACAUAUAAUACAAUGUGAAUAUAAACUACCCUUGACACUAGUGAUCCCAAAAGUUGUAAACUAUUAUUUUAAAUUACUAUUAAUUUAGCUGUGCGUUUUAUUCUUUUUUACGAUUUGAAAUCCCCAGAAGCAACUUCUAUAAAUUCAUUCAAAACUUAUUUUUAAUUAACGACAUCUUUUAACUGAUCUACGUUGCAAAACAAAAACAUAAAACUAUAAUAUUAAAAUAAAUAUAUAAAUGCAAAAAUAAAAAAUAACGUGAAAUAAAUAAACAAUUUAAA